GCGAUGGGAAGAGACGUGAUGAUGACAUGACUUUAAAAAUCUCCCGCUUAAUAACAGCUGAUGCUGCAGUGUGUGGAGCCAGUUUAUUGCUAUAGAGAUAAAGCGACAUUUUACAAGGAGACCGCACUCUGCCCGCCGUCGCACCAUGUCAUCCCGCAGCCUGCAGUAUGUAAAUGGUCAUCUUCCAAUGCUUCAGUUAGAGGAGGAAGACCUGGAGCGGAAUCCACAGUUCAGAAAACUUCUACUAGAAUUGUGUCAAAUUUUGGAUCAAAGUGGGGGUAGUGCUAGCUUAAGUCGUGAGUUGGAGGAGACACAGAGAGAGCUACGGUUACAGAGGAAGGUGUGGCUAAGGUCAGAGGUCGUUCACAGACUGAUUCAGGAGAUGUUACUGGAUUUGCAGGUUAAGAAGCAGGAGGGCGCAAUAACCGAUGAGGAGAACAAGUUUCAGGAAGGUCUGCAGCAGUGUUUGUUGGUCACAGAAUGCUCACGCCUACUUCCUUCUGGUUCAGAGUCUGGUUCUGUAUCUCUUCUUGGGUUGGAGAAGCAAGAUCUUCUUGACCUUCUUCCAUCAAAUAUGGAUAUUCUCUGGAUUAAAGAGCGACUCCAUAAGCAGCUGGAAGAGGCUCUACGAAAGAAAUGUUUUACGUUUUUGUCAUUCCACCAACCUGAGACAGAUGAGGAAGGUGAAGUUCUGCGGGCAGCAAAAGCUCUACGCUUGGCCAGUACACUGGAGGAUGAGAAGAGGCGGCUGCAGAAUGAGCAGGAGAAGCAUCAAGAAAUGGGAGCUUUACUGGAAAAACAGCAGGAGAUGUAUUCUCAUGUACUACUGCGCUGCCUUUCCUUACUCAGACAGGCUGCCUCUGAUCUCCGUCUCCAGGCACAGUCUGACAUUGAUCGCAUGAACGCUGAAUAUUUGGAGGCAAAGAGCAACGCGCUGUUUUUGAAACUGCGGAUGGAAGAGCUUCAGAUCCUCACAGACGCUUACACCUCUGAGAAAGUUGAAGUCCACAGAUACAUAAGGUCCAGUCUGGAAGCUGCAGUGAAAGCGGAGAAGACUGAACUGUCUGCGUCUAGGCAGAUUCUUUCCUCUUAUGAAUUCCUGGGCACAAAGUUUGAGGAGUUGGUGCAAGAGUAUACUCAUCUGAGAGAUAAGAUCAAGGACAAUCGCUGGGCAAUUCAGGAACUCAGCAAGACAUUACCCUAAGCAAUACAGACGUUUCCCUUAUUAAAUAUGAAAAAUCCACUCAUUCUUCACUUGACACGACAACCAUGAAGGAUUCUCUUCCUCCACCAAGUGGAAAAACGUGCCAUCAUGCGCUUACUUUAUAUACUCUAGUGCAACAAGUGGGCUUCUUGGUACUUGAUCAACAUAAGCACACAACUGCAGCAUCACUUUCGCAGGGAAGUGCCCACUCUGUAGAGCAGGCAUUUCCAACUUCUGUCCUCAAGGCACAUUAACAGUCCAGGUUUAAAGGUGUGUACACAUGGUGAGAUUCCUCCUUUUUGAUUUUGACUUUAUAGUCAAAAUUGCAAGGAAAGUUAGUGCAAAUUGCAAGGUGUUAGCCACCUUGCGAUCCCGAUGCGCACUCCCACAUGGUCUGUAUCGCAAGGCUAGAUAAAUUGUGCAGGCAAGUCAAUCUUGACUAUCUAGUGUACUAUCUAGCAUAAAGUAUAGUCAAAAUUGGCACUUAGUCAAAAUCGGUACUUUUGGGCUCUGGGGGAGUUCAAGGGAAAUCACAAAGUCAAAAUCGGGCAUAGCAAGGAUCUCACCAUGUGUAUGCACCUUUAGUGAUAUCCAUUCUUGUGCACAGGUGACUUAAUUAGUACCUCAGAUAUUUUGAUGUAACCAUCUGUGCUGAAGCCUGGAUAUCACUAAAACCUGCGCUGUGAGUGUGCCUUGAAUAUUAAAAGUUGGGAAUGAAGGGUAUAGAGAGCGACUGCAAAUACAAAAGACUAUAUAUACCAGUGAUGGCUAACCUUGACACUCCAGCUGUUGUUGAACUACAUAUCCCAGCAUGCCCUGCUACAGUUUUGUCAUUUGGCCAUGCUAAAACUGAUGCAGGGCAUGCUGGUAUGUGUAGUUCAACAGCUGGAGUGUCAAGGUUAGCCAUCAAUGAUAUAUACCAUGCACUUUUUUAUUCUUACUUUGCUAAAGUCUAAAAGUAGAGCCCUGUCCUAUGCAAUACUUCAGAAGCAAACAUUUAAAUUAUCGAUAACAUUUAGUAUGCUAAUAUCUUAAAUUAAAAAUAAAAAUAAGUUAACAAUG